UCCGUGAGUUUAGCGUUUUGUCCGUGCGCACUCUUCCGUUCGCGUAGCUUGUGACAUUUUUUUCUGUUGCUACAAGAUGUUUACCCGUAUCGACUGUGAGAAAUUCGCCUUUGCGCACGAAAAAUCAGGAUACAAAAGUCCGAUGGCAUCGUUAACGGGAAUCAAUUAAACUAAAUCGUGAGGUGCAAAGGCGCGUGUCUAGUACAAAAGUAUCAUGGACGAUGAGGAGCGUCUUGAAGGCGACGAGGAAAUGGAGCUCGACGAAGCUUCCGACGGUGAUGACGACGAUGACGAGACUUCGGGGAUACCAGUAUCACCGGCAAAUUCGGAUCAGCUUAUGGGAGUCGUUCCCACUCCAGGAAAUGUGACCCCGGACGAGGCUUUCCAUGAUCCCCUGCCAUAUCAGAAAUUUCCACUACCUGGUGGAAAACCAUUAAACAUUAGGCGGGGUCCUGGAAGGCCGAGAAAAGAACGACCUCUAGGAUACACUCGAGGGGGCGGGACACGCCGACCUUUUGGUAGAGGAUCGACCAGAGGGAAAGGACUGGGAUAUUCAAGGGGUAUGCCGCGUCGUACAAAGAGCAAAGAUGACGAUAAUCAUUCGGAGUCUCGGAGCCCUUUACGACUCGGAGAUGAUCAAAGCGGUGACGGUGAAUCAUCCAAUGUUGAUAGAUCAAUGCCCGCACCAGAAGAACCUCCGUACUUCCCCGAGCAAUGGCCUGGAAAAGUGUGUGCGUUUUGUAAUUUGGGUGAACGAAGCCAGUUGGGUCAAGGUGAAUUGGUGAGAUUUUCAUGUCCGGAAGGUUUCGUACCGGAAAAAAGUAUAAAUCGUGAUGAGAGCACUGAAUUGUCUCUAGUUGAUAUGUCUUCCACCGGUGAUAAGAGCCCACGAACCGCCGGACCCGGGGCCGUAACAUGCCGCCGGCAGAAGAGUCUGGCCAAAUGCAGGAAUCCUAGUCUAUCGAAUUUCACGGAACCGGUGGAAGAGUUAACCAUAGUAGGAUAUUUGGAAGAACCGGAAGUAGGAAUACUGUUCGAAUCGAGCGGUCAUUACUACGUUCAUCAAUCUUGUGCCGUAUGGACAAGCAAUAAUCGAGAUUUGUUAACUGAAGUAUUGUGUCAAGCGGUACUUCAAGCUUCAUCCCGUCGCUGCGCUUAUUGUACUCAUUACGGAGCGGGAAUCCCUUGCAAAGUGGGAUCGUGCAAUCGUUACUUCCAUUUACCGUGUGCUGCUGCAUCCAGUUCUUUUCAAGAUACUAAAACCCUGUCUUUGUUCUGCAGUCAACAUCUUGGUCAGGUUCCUCUGUUGUUGAACGGUGACGUGACCUGUAUGCACUGUUUCGGAAUGGGCGAUGUAUCAAAUUUAGUGAUGUGUUCGUUAUGUGGUCAGCAUUAUCACGGUAGUUGCGUAGGUCUUGCGCUUUUACCAGGCGUAAGAGCAGGAUGGCAAUGUAACACGUGUCGCAUAUGCCAGGUAUGUCGACAACCGGAGGAAGUCUCGAAGGUGAUGUUGUGCGAACAGUGCGAUAAGGCGUAUCAUCCGAGUUGCUUGCGUCCGAUCGUAACAUCGAUACCAAAGUUCGGCUGGAAAUGCAAAUGUUGCCGCGUGUGUACUGAUUGUGGUUCGCGGACACCUGGAGCAGGUUUAUCGUCACGGUGGCACUCGCACUAUACGGUUUGUGACUCGUGUUAUCAACAGAGAAACAAAGGUUUCUCAUGUCCUCUUUGUCGGAAAGCAUAUCGCGCAGCAGCUUAUAGGGAAAUGGUACAGUGUAGCUCUUGUAAAAAAUUUGUUCACGGCACUUGUGAUCCUGAAGCCGAUCCAAUAACCCAUCAACAUCGGAAAGAUGCCAAACCGGACUACGAAUACGUUUGUAUUCAUUGUAAAAACAUGGCCCUUGUCAAACGUAAGGACAAUAUCGACGAUUACGGGGGUGAUUCGAGCUUAACAGCGUCGCAGGAGAGCCUUUACGGUGACGGUGACUCUUCAGAAUUUGAUUACCCCGGUGGACCCGAGGAUUCGCUCUUCUCCAUCGGUCUAGGCAAGGGAAAACCUUUUUGCGCUUCGAAAAUCGCGAAAAAGAGACUUGGGCUCAGCAGCAGUGGUGUGGUUGGACGACCUAAGGGCGUUGGCAAACUCGGCUAUCAGAAGCGACAAAAAAUGAACGAGUUUGGACGUAAAAGAGGACCGAAAGCUAAAAUGAGAGGGAUCUUCGGUGUACCUGGAGUUGGUUUGCAGCGUCCAAUAUCCGAUUCGUUUUCGAAAGAGGAUGAGCCUGGUGUGGAAAAUCGUUUGGUUCUUUGCUCCGCGAAGGACAAGUUUGUUCUCACGCAAGAUAUCUGCGUAAUGUGUGGAGCAAUCGGUACCGAUCAAGAAGGUUGUUUGAUAGCUUGUGCUCAAUGCGGACAGUCCUAUCAUCCUUAUUGCGCGAAUGUCAAAGUAACAAAGGUAAUAUUACAAAAAGGAUGGCGUUGCCUCGAUUGUACAGUUUGCGAGGGUUGCGGGGAGCGUAAUGACGAAGGACGAUUGAUACUAUGCGACGAUUGCGACAUAAGUUAUCACAUAUAUUGUAUGGAUCCACCGUUGGAUUACGUGCCCCACGGUACGUGGAAAUGUAAAUGGUGCGCUCAGUGUCAAACUUGUGGCUCGAACGAUCCUGGCUUUAACAGCAGUUGGCAAAAAAAUUACACCCAGUGCGGUCCUUGCGCGUCUCACACCGCGUGUACCUCUUGUCAGGAAACCUAUAACGAAGGUGAUCUCAUAAUACAAUGCAUACAAUGUGAGAGAUGGCUACAUUGCGCCUGUGAUCAUAUCAAGACCGAGGCCGAAGCUGAGAAAUGCGCGGAAGAAGGUUACAAUUGUAUCCUCUGUCGUCCGCGUGACGUACCCCCACCACAUAUAGCGUGUAAUUUGCCGAAACCACAGCCAAAAUUUGCGGUACGUUCGCCACCACCCCCACCGACAGUGCCCAGUCCAGAAUUGUACAAACCUACGCCACAGCAGUAUUUGAUCGAUGGUGUUUAUCUCUCCGAGGCUGGUAUGUGUCACAUUAAAUCAAUGACCUUCGAACAACAACAGACGAGAAAGAAGAGACGAAAAUUAUUACCACCGGUGGACAAAGAGGCUGAUAUCAUGGCAACGAUCGAAUCCGUCGUAGCUGGCGGAAGUUUGGACAAUUCGUUGGAGGAAAACGGUGGAAAAUUGGAUCUUCUGGACGUCAAAGACGAAGCUGGCUGUGAGAUACUGAAAGAAGGUAUGGUAUGGACGCCGAGAGGCGAUCAACCGCCUCCCGAAGGAUUCAGUAUCUAUACGACGGAAAACGGUGUACCGGUGUUACGACGGAAACGACAGAGGAAUUUGCAGAAACUCGGCAUCGGUGGAUUUCUCGUGAGAUUACGUGGCACGAGAAAGGAUAAGGACGACGAAAUCGUUGAAGCUGAGACAAAACCUACGAUCGACGGUACUUCGUUGACGAUUAACGAGGAAAAACCACGUAGAAAAGUCCAGAGAAGGAAACCAAAGACCAAGCUCUCGGAAUGCUUCCCCCAAUAUAUGCAGGAAGCGUUCUUCGGUAAAGAUCUUAUGGAUACGACCAAAGACAAGGAUAUUAAGAGCAGCAGCGAUUCUGAGGACGAGAAAAAUGUCUCAGCUAACGUCGAUACGAUACAACUUUCGCAAGAUGAAUUGAAAGCUAUCGAACAAGUUAAGAACAAAAAUGAGAUUGACAAUGAAAAAGAUGAUGAAAAGUUACCAAACGAGACGAAUAUUAAAAGGGAAGAAAUUAUGGAGGAUGAGGGAAGCGAUACAGAGGCUCUGGGUGAUAUUUUACCAAUGGCAUCCGAUUUACUCGACAACGAUCUCGUCAAUACCAUUAUGAACGAACAGGAUGAGGAUUUGGCCAAAGCGAGCGAAGCCCUCGAGGAAUUGGACGACACACCGGGCCCCAGUAAAGAUGAACUUACAGAUAUUCUCAGUCCUCAUUUCAAUCUUGAAUCGAUGGUCCGAGACACUGGUUUGCCCAAUAUGGACAGCAAAGAUGUGGAGGAAAUUUUCAAAGGUGUUCUCACCGACGAGUCACAGGAGUCUCAGGAAUCUUCUGUUUUUCCGAUCCAAUCGCAAACUCCGCACACACCUGCAGCUACGACGCCUCUCGUAUCGCCUUCACCGCAUCCAGGUAUGCAAAGCGGUUUGCCGCUGGGACGACCGCAAGUACCGGGCUCGUUGCCAUCGGUUGGUCAAUCGAAUCUGAACUCACCGAUGAGUUUCCCACCGCCAUCGCCAUAUCAUUCCGAGUACAGCAGCAAUAGUCCCCAGUUCAGCCCCGCAUUUUCGGAACCACCGAGUCCGUGGGUCAAUCCUGAUGAUGAGACCACGGGGGCUCCUGGUGGAACCGCAAUAUCUUACAAUCAGAGGAGCAAUCUCAAAAUGGAAGCUGACGAAGCAUUGGGUAACAAUGCAACAAUAUCUUCGGUUCUUUACGCGAAUAUCAAUCACCCGGAAUGGAAAUCCGAGUAUCCAGCGUGGUCCGAAAGAUGCAAACAAAUAUUAAAGAAAUGGCGUGCCUUACCGAACGAUAAGAGAGCACCAUAUCUGACACAAGCCCGUGACAACCGAGCUGCAAUCCGUAUAAAGAAAACUCAACCGAUACCCAAGGAUAUACCAAGCACGACCCAAGUCACUGCAACAAGUUCACCUACCAUCACGACCAAACCCGUCACAGCUAUGACAUCGGCUCAGGUUGCUCCGGUAUUGUCAAUGUCAGUGGGUCAAAAGCAAAUUGGACUUUUGGCCUCUGUACAGGGUACCGAUAAGUCGAUACAGGAGAAGACGGGAAUGAUGACCGGCGCAACAUGCCCGAGCGGAUUAUCAUCAGCAUUAACGACAGGUGUCGCGACGAUUGGUGGCCAUCUUGCGGAGGAACAAGAUCGUUUGACGAAUCGGGAUCGGUCCUCGAGAGAAGCUGAGCAAGAAAGACAGUGGAAACAAUUGCAAGCGCAAAGACAGCAACAGGCGCAACACCAGCAACAAUCCAUUCACGACCAUCGUGUCUAUGAUUGCACAGUAGUAGGGGCUCCCAAAAACACAACAACAGUAGUUAAAGCAAUAGCAAGGGUUCAUCGACAGAUCAGUGAUGACGGCACUUCUCAAUUGAAUGCAGAAAAUCAAACAGGCCUGACAACACAGCUCCAAGUAUCGACGUCGCAGGACGGCAAUCUGAUGGUACCAUUGGCCUCGCCAUCACCUGGAUCGCGUGGCACAUUUGCCGCUCCCCCGAUGAAGGUGACACGAGGCGUAACACCCCAAAGUCCACUGCAGGGUAUUGCACGGUUGCCAAACCAGCAGCAAUGUGGAAUAGUCCAGCGACCAGUUGGUACAACUGUGAGGCCAGGAAUACAAAACACAUUCGCUCAACCACCAUCACCUUUUUCACCUCAAGCUCCACAAUCUCCGCACGAUUUUCCACAAUCGCCCGCCUCCUCGCAAUCGCAACAGGAUCACUUUCAGCGUUUUGACACUGGUAACAACGAGGCUUAUCCACCUGCUGGCUCCCAAACACCCAGGGCUAUGUUAUCCGGUACGGCGACUUACGCGACGUCACCGCGUAACGAUGUUUUUUCUCAGCCACCUGGCACUCCACGACCUGUAUUCAAUCCUCCUACUCCUCGUUCUUCCACUCAUGUCUAUGCUCCAUCACGAACUCCCGAUCCUUAUAGCAAUCAGCCAUCCACACCCUCGCCGGCUCCGAGUUACACCUCACCGAGACCUGAAUCACGACAAGACCCACCACCCUCUACCGAAAUCUUUAAUCAACAACCAGAGGUCAAUCUCCAACUGCGCGAUUUACUUCAACGCCAACAGCACACGAAAAAAAUGGAUCCCCUCACUUCGACGUGGACUCAAGACGGACAAAAUCCUGCUGAACCGGGACAACAACAAUUCGAAACAGGUCACGGGCAGCUGGCUCAACAUCUUCAACCAGCGGGUAAUCCCGUUGAAGGUACAUUCCGGCAUCCCCUUCCACCCGGAAUUGGUAGACCUCGAAUGCCCAUACCAGGAAUACAGCCAAACUCUCAUAUACGAACCACUUUAGGAUUAAAUUCGAGACAUGCUGCAGCAGGGAACAUCGAUCCCCGACUUCAAGGAAUCGAUCAACGGACGCGAAUGCUCUAUCAAAGACCGCCGGUCAGCGUUGGUAUGCCGCCGCAGCAGCAUCAACAACAACAACAACAACAACAACAACAACAACAACAACAACAGCACCAACAACAACAUUUCCAAAAUCAACAAGUCAUGCAACAGCGUAUGGCAAACCCCAGAAAUCCAUUAAACGAACAAUACGAUAUUUUGCACCAGCCAAGAUUUCCAGAUCCUAAUCAAGGAUCAACCAUUGGUCAGAGAAUAGUCCGAAGUGGACCGGACAUGACAAAUCAAAAUGUAAGAAUGAUGAGCGCCCAAGGAAUAGUUCGUGCGCCGCUUAUUCCACAACCUGUUAACGACAACAAUGCUACCUCAUCCGAGGCUUCAGAAAUACCUGACAACGUGACUGCAGAACUUGAAAAGCUCGAACAGGAAGGCGCACCAAUGGUUGAGGUUGAACAGGAAGGCGCGCCAAUGGUCGAGGUCGAGGGCGUUAGUGCAAUAUUAGGAGAUUUGGGAGAUGACGACGAUGAGUUACUCGCUGAAAUGGGUGCGGAUUUCAACAUUCUCGAGUAUGCUGAUCCUGAAUUGGACAACAUAACCGGUGGUGAGAAGACGAAUAUCCUUGACCUGGAUUUGGAACAAGUUGAGGUCGAGACGAAAGAGGACAACAAGCAGAAAAAAGAAACAAAAGAGGACGAAGUGAAAAGUAAAGAUAUCGGUAGUUCGGCUCCGGUUCAUGGUGAUUUGAAUGAGCCGACUCUUCAAAGUAAUGCGCCUCCACCAUCCGAAGCGCAGAAUAUUCAACCUCCUCAGACUCAAACAAUGGCACCUGUACAACCACCGGCGUCGCAACCUCAACAACAACAACAACAACAGCAGCAGCAGCAGCAACAACAGCAACAACAACAACAACAACAACAACAACAACAACAACAGCAACCCCAACAACAGCAAGGGCCGAUUUUAUCACAAAACCAUCCUCAAGCUGUUGCCGUCCAACAGCAAAUGCACCAACAUGUCCAACAAGCAGCUGCUAUGGGAAGACCUAUGCCACCAGGAACUCGCCUUUUGUCACCAGAUGGGGCUAUAGGCGUCGUUACUUCCACCAAUACAGUUACUGUCAGUUAUCCUGCAACGUUUCCAGGACAUCCCCAACGCAUACCACCACCCCAUAUGCAGGUACCGCAACAACAAAGAAUGGGAAUGCGAGUAGCUGGAAUUCAAGGAGUUGCCGGUAGAGUUGUUUCGGCGAAUCAUAUGAUGGGGCCGAGAAUGCCACUGGCUCCUCCUCCACCGCCGCCUCCAUAUCCAGGACCACCACCACCUUAUCCAGGACCUAUACAGAUGGGGAUGUGCCCAGGUGGGCGGGGUAUGGCCCGAGCACCGGUCCAUAUAGGUCACCCUGUGCCGGUGGCCGUACCACCAAUGGCCCCAGUCGUUCAUACCGGUGGUGCUCCUUCGAUCUUGCAGCAUUCCCACCGGAGACCUUUGCUUCUGCAGCAGUCGUGUUCACAGGAGCAACCUUUGCUGCUCGAGGAUCUGCUGGAACAAGAAAAACGCGAACAGGAAAAACAACAGCAGCAACAACAACAACAACACGUCGACAACACAGCUGCGCCGAGUGGUGCACUACUGAGUGACAGCGAAUUCGAAAGACUCCGUGCUGAUGUAUUGGGCUCAGCUCCACUUGGUUCACCUCCACAAGGUAUACCCGGUGGUGUUCCGGUCAUACGCCCUCCUUGCAAUCCGAGACCGCCCUCGGCACCGGGUUCAAAUUGGUCUCAGGGGGUUCCGGAUUCUGCUAAGCUGGUUGGACAAUCGCCAAGACAGCCCAUAGCUACUCAAACUCCACCUGAAGCGAGAAUCGCCACGUUCAACAUUCCUCAGUUGCCAGCACCUCCAGUGCCUCCGGAAACAAUCGUCACGGAACAAGACCGUCAAAUGCAGCUGCAGUACGAGCAAUGGUUGAAUCAUCAGCACCAAAUACUCUCGCAGCAAUUGAAGUACUACGAGACUGAGGUUCAAAAGCUACGCAAGGUUAGAAAGUCGCUGAACAGCAAACAGCGACAGCUUCGUAAAUCUGGUAACGAGUUAACGGAUAACGACGCAGCAGAGUUGCAACGAAUAUCAGCGGAACAGGCGAUAUUGCAGAAGCAGUUAGAUGCUAGUAGAAAGCAGACGCGUCAGCAUGGCAUGGUAAUACAGGAAUAUCGUAGCAAGCAACAGCAGAGGCAGCCGCAAGCGCAAACAACCGAGCCAUGCUCGCCAUUGAUGUCGCCGUCGCAGCAUUCGUCACCGAUGCAUAGUCCAGCUGGUCUCGUAUCACAUAGUCCAGGACCUGGGAGCGUUCCUCCCAAUAUGAUACAGCAUUCACCGGUGACGUCGUCGAUGAUUCAGCACAGUCCGAAUCCACCGUUGCUGCAACACAGUCCGGGAAAUCCACAAUCAACGAAUCCCGGCACGAUGUCGCCACACAGUAUGCAAGCAUCGCCCCGAAUCGGUACUCCGCAUUCUCAGGGUGACGAGAGUCCAUUCAGUCCGGGUGCGAUGCCAUCCCCGGGAAUUUGUGGAUCAGCAGUAACGCGUAUGGCAUCGCCUCAACAUCGAGCAGUAAUCGGCAAUCGUCUGGCAACAAGUCCUGGUGCGUUCGCUCCAGAGGCACGAUCAUCUCAGCAAAUAAUCAAUCUCCAACAACGUUUCGUACGUCCACCUACACUCGUUGAUUCAGGUGGACAACGACCGAGAAUGCAGCUCCAAGCUAGUAUAGUUUACGGUCAACGUUCGCCCCUCGGUAGUCCCCAAGCUCAACAACCGCCGAUUCUUACGCAACAACAACAUCAAGCCAUGCUGCAACGUCAGCAGAUCAUUCAACAGCAGCAUGAGGUGGGUGCGGUCGACAAUCAGGCUGUUAUUAAUCAACGGACUCUCCAAAUGGUACAAGCAAGACAGCAAUUACUCGCGCAGCAACAACAGGCUCAGCAACAGCAGCAGCAACAACAACAGCAACAACAGCAGCAGCAACAGCAACAGGCAAUGGCUCAACAGCAGAGACAACAAUUCUUACAAAUGCAACAACAACAACAGCAGCAGCAGCAGCAACAACAACAGCAGCAGCAGCAACAACAACAACAACAACAACAGCAACAACAACAGCAGCAGCAGCAGCAAUUGAUGAUGCAGAAACCACCAAGUUCUCCAAUGGUAUCGCAACCAGCAAGCUCACCCAGUCCUCAACUACAUCAGCAACAAAUGCAACAAACGAAUUACGGGCAACCACCGAGCUCACCAAUGCCAAGGAGUCCAAUGGUGCAGCAGCAGACUAUGGGCUCACCAAUGUUGCAACAGCAGUUGUCCCAAAAUUCACAACCACCGAGCCCAAUGAGCGGAAGGAUGCAUCAUCCACCAAAUUCUCCGAUGGUUACUUCACAGUACCAACCGCCCCUGAGCCCUAUGUCACGCAAUCAUCCAUCCACAUCACCGAUGCUUCAGCAUCAAUUGAACAAUAUUAACCACCCGCCACAAUCGCAGACACCGAAUUCUCCGAUGCCAAGAAGUCCGAUGGUCGGAGGCUCACCGAUGCAGAUUCAAAGGCGCACAUCAAGCGGAAACAGUCCGGCUAUGCCUGACCGUCCACAGAGCGUCGAGAAUCCCGGCACUCCAAGAACACCGCAUACCCCGCAUGCCACUCAUGCUUACAGCUCUCAAAAUUCCGGCAACCAGGUGAACGAACAACAGGAACAAAAUCCAUCAUCCUCCGCGAAUACUCCUACGACUACAAGCCUCGAUCACUCAAACAGAGGGGGUGGCAAUCCCCAUAAUCCUCUCAAUACGAUGCCAAUGAUACCGAAUUUUGGGAGAUUCGGUUUCAUAAAACUCGGUCUUCGUGGUGGUUCACCCAUGUGGUCAACUAAAGCAGAAUCAAGCAAGGGAAAAACUGCCGAGUCUCACGUCAACAGCAGCGAGCAAGAAAAACCCAACACGUCGAGUGUUGUUCAUCGUAAAACUGGCAUAUCGCAGUCGAAGAUAAACUCUUUGGUAUGUGCGGAUUACAACGACUUUGACGAUGAUUCGCAUACACCCCCGCAAACACCACCCACUACGCUGGAACCAAAACCUGUGACAGGGACAUCGUCUCUGGCUGAAACACCUACCUUGCCAAUCGAAAAUUCUAUUGAUAAAAUCGAGAAUAUUCCUGAUACUACGGAUUACGAUGACGACAAGACUAUCGUCAAUGAAGAAGUAACUCUUAGCUCAACUGCUCAAAGGGACAACGACGACAUAACUGUCAUCGAGGAAUUUGGGGAUUCGGAAUUAGUCGACGUUAUAUCGGGAACCCUCGAGGGUGAUAUGCAGGAAGAAUAUGUACUUUUUGAGUCUGAUAUGGUGGUCGAUUUGUCGGUCGACAGUAACGAUUCGUUGAGUAACGCACUUGUUAACAACACCAACUCCGCUCACGAUUUGGUGCAGAUAUUGGAGAUCCAACAUUCCGAGGGACCGAUCGACGAUCAUACGUUGAGCGACGAAGAAAUCUCGCAAACGAGGAAUAAAAAAUCGUUGCGAUUAGACAUCGUGCGUAACUUGCCCAGCGGCAAAAGACUCGUCGCCGUUACCGACACCCCGGAUUCGCCUGAUCAGGAAGAACUGCUCGGUGACACUUCACCCGGGCGUUUUAUGGAUCACUCCCCCGAUCCCGAACUCAUGGUUUCACUCGUCAAUGAUUCCGAGGUUGUUAUUAUUGAUCCGAGAACAAAAUCACCGGACGAUAAUCGACCGAAGGAACCCUGCAUCAAAGAAAGCCCUGGAAAAUCCGAAGCUCCGCAAACUUUGAACGUUGGUCAGUUCAAUGAAAUCUCAUUAGCGAGCAAACCUUGCGACGACGAAAACCAAAAUGGAACAGUGGAAUUGAAUCACGAUGAGAACAAAGAGGAGGAUAAAUUGGUUAAUUUUGUUUGUACAGAAAAAAUGCAAAGCGAUGAAAGUUCACCUACGAGUUUGAAUCCGGUCGAGUCCGAAAGCUGCACAGUGGAGGAAAAAACAUUAUCAAAAAGUUCCACAACCGCGAUUACGACUGUGCCAUCGUCGCUGACGAUGACUACAUCAACGACGACGACGACGAUGACGACGGCAACAACGACGACGACAGUAAGCGACACGAUGACUAAGAAUUCAAUCGCAAGCUCCGCAGAAGCAACUGGCAAUGUCGUUAAAAUUCUUUCUCCGACCAUCUCCGAUGAUUUAGAGCGUGAAAUCGUUACCCCGGCGAUCACAGAAAUUAGUAAAGAUCAUGUGACAACGACUACAACGAUAUCACAAAAUGUAGAAUGUCUCGUGGCUGAUGCUAAAAUCGCAGCGAAACUUACGUCAUUGGAAAGUACGCUGCUCAACACGAAAAUGACUAAUUCAAUGGACUUACCGUCUAAAAUGGAAACCACCGUUUCGACAGCCAUUCUAGAUUCUGCUCCCGCUCCCGUACUAUGCAAUAAAGAUUUGCUUCUAGAAACGGCAAUAAUCGCCAACGAGUGCUCGAAAACAUUGUCAGCCAAAGUCGAAUCACCGGAGGCAUCGAAAGCUCAAGCCAAAUUGUCAAUCGUCGUCCAACCGACGCCGGUAACGUCGGUCAAGCCGAAAAUGGCAAUUGCUGAAUUACCCAAGAGAGAAGAGACACCGUUGAAAAUUGAAAAAAUGAAUUCGAUCGAUAAGCCGAUGGAGUGUUCGAGCGAGAAGACCGAGGGACUCCAAGACGAAGAGAAAACAACGAUCGAAGCUACGAAAGCUUUACCCCUGACGAAUCACUUAUCCGACCAGGAGAACGAUUGCAGUCGUGCACAGGAAGACCGAAAAUGUGAUUCGCUCAAUACAACCGACGAGCUUGAGAGUAUGCUCGAAGCUUUACAUAAUCCGGCGGAAAAUGCUGUGAACGGUGAAAAACCAGGUACUGAGAAGAGUAAAUCCGACGUGUCGAGGAUCAAAAGAAUGUCACCGGUAUCGGAUGAUUUAUCAUUAGUUAAUAUACUCGAGAAUGACACUGAACCCGUGAUGAUGAACGAGAUGAAAGGAAGCAACGAGAAAAACCUCGAGAGCGUCGAAAUAACAAAGACAAAAGAAAAUAACUCAUCAAUUAUUGAGGUUGAUGAAACCGACGACGGCUCGUCGAAGGAAAAGUGUGAGCAUAAAAAAGCGAACUUGGAAAAAUCUUACGAGGAAAACGACGACACGAAAAAUCUUAUGGACGAAUCAUCCGAGGACAUUCUGGACAUGUUACACAAUAUAAUAUCCUCGAAACCGGAGAUGGCCAACAGUGAUAUACUGCAUGAGGACAGAACACGGAAAUCAAGUAUGAUUUACGAUUUGGCGGCACCAUUGGAUACCCUCCCUUUAAAUAUAUUGCAAGAUUCUCUGAUGGAUCUCGAGCAAGGAACGCCGGAAACCGAGCAACACGUAGUCAAUCAAAAUGAGAGAAAAUGUCAAAAAAUUCAAAAAUCAUUCGGCUUGGAUAACGCCCAAAAAAGUCCACCGUCGUCGCAACAGCUAUCCACACAGAUCGUGAGUACUGGCGUGCAAUUGCAAAAGACUACAACAACGACAACAGUGCCGCAUCUCUCGCCGAUAUCAAAACCUACUGAGUUGACAUCAAACGUGGCAAAUGUAUCGCAUCAACUGCGAACACUUUUGUCUUCUUUGCAAACGAAUAAUACACAAAAUUAUACCAGUUCGUCCCAGAAUUCAUUGAUCACAAUGGUAUCGACGGCUUUUACCGGUUCGAAAAUGACCAGUGUCACGUCAGUCACAAGUACCACGUCGGUCUCCUUGAGCAACAACUCUCAAACAAACGCAAGCUUUCGGGUGCAAGCAUCGGUACCUUCGUCAACAACAACGGUAACAACGAGCUUCAACAAAACACAGAUUGAAACGACGACGACGACGACGACGACGACGACGACGACGACCAGUUACGGUCUUCAGGCAUCAAAGGAAACGUCAGGUACGUCGUUGAACAUGGUCUCAUCGCUAACAGGGAAACCGACAGGUCCGGAACCUUAUGCAACGGGGAAUCUUCAAGCGAACACUGCUGCAAUGGCUUCGUCAUCGACAUCGACAGCGAUUUCUCGUAACUCCGGUAAUUGCGGAAUUUCCAUAACUUCCAACGCGAUGUUAAAUGCAAUGUUGGCAGGUACGAAUUCGGCAAAACCAUCGAUCGCUGGACAUCGUGGAAAUACGGUGCUCACGCAAACAAGCAACCUUUUGAGUUCAGUUAUGCCUACACCCUCGAUACAACGCGGUCAAAAUUUGCAGUCCAUGCUGCAAGUCGGAACAAGCGGCUCUCCGUUGCAACCACGGAAUAUGACGAAUUCAUCAUCGCUGACGACGACUUCGCCUGUAACGACAACAACUACCAACGCGAUCACAACAACAACGACAACGACAACAACAACAACAGCAACAACUUCUCCCUCCUCGACAUCUUUGCCGAAAAGCAUCGUUCCACCAGUCACAACUAGUAACACUGUAAAUACAGUGAAUGUCACCACGAGUAUAUUACAAUCGACUCUCUCCCAAGCACCAACACUCUUACACACUCAACUGACAUCCGGUUCGGCGCCUUACAAGUCAACUGGAUUGUUGCCUAUUGACAACAAAGGUAACGAUCACGAGACUCACGUGGCUCAAAGUACAACUGGGACGUCGAGCGCGCAAAGAGAUACGACCGACGGCAACUUGAUGAAAACAUCAAGCACUGCGGACAAGCAAAUAAUCAGUACAACAAGGUCGGAUAACGAGAUCGGUAAACCGGUGUUCUCGAACUCUCACAGGAUUGAAGAGUCACAAAAUGUUUUGUUGAAGCAACUAUUGCAGAACACAGCUUGCGCAACAACGGGAAUCUCCUCGUGUACGAGCCAGAGUGGACCGAGUUUACCACUCGUGCCAUCGCUCGAGGCUCAGUUAGCUCGCCCAGUUCCACCGACUCCAUCUUCACUGUUACCCCCCAUUUUGAACGAAACGACAACCACGAAAACAACAACGUCGACGAAACCCCAAGGUUUAACUCGCGAAACUUCAUUCAUUUCGGAAAUCGCUGUACCCUCGAAGACUCAGAGCCCACCGAUGAAGGAGGAAGCUAGAACAUCCAUAACGACAGCAACGACUGCGACAACCACAACGACCGCAACGAUGACAACAGCCUCCUCUUCGAGCGUUACUUUGAAUCAAACGACAUCACAGAAUCAACGAAGCGUCGACUCCACGGGGAAACCACAAACUAAAGCACUCCAACAAAAUAUGCCUGGUGUUUCGGCCGCGGUAACGGGCCCGUCGUCGGCCAGUAGCGUCAAGAUCACGAGCACAGCGCCGUUGAGUAAAAUUACUGAAACUCUGACAACUAUAGACAACAAUUGUCCAAAGACUCAAGCUACUAUCAAGUGUGAAAAUUUGAUCGGAAACGCUAAUCAACAAACGCAGCAACAACCACAACAACAGGCCCAACGAGUUGUGACGUCCGUGUCAACGGUGACAGCGGGUUACCCAAGAUUGAGUGUACCACAGGGAAAACCCACCGUGGCUCCGAUUCCAACAACUAAGCCUGUUCAACCUAUUUCACAACCCCCAGGCAACACUCCUAGCAUCGCCGCCUCGAUCAGCACGCCCGGAACUGCUGCUCCUGCUCAGACACCACAAUCCCAAGUUUCUCAAAUUCAACAGCAACAGCAGACCAUUCAUAAACCAAAUGUUCUGCAACAGUCGCAACAACAAUCGCAACAACAGCAACAAUCGAUUCAACAACAUCAACACCAGCAGCUAAUCGCAAAUACAAUACAACCGUCAGUGCCUCACACGAUUGCCCAAACUUUGGGCCAUCAAGCUCACCUACCACAGGGUGCAAUUUCGCAAAACACAGUGCCUUUAGUGGAAGUUAAAAAGGAAAUUCUCGACGAAGUUCUGUCCGUUAACAAUCCUACCCAGUUAUCCGAUACCAAAGAUUUUCUUACUGCCAAAGAAGAGCUCAUCGAUAGUUCCAUUGACGACAAAACAGAUAUGAAAAAAUUACGGAGACGCCAAUACCAGCAGAAGCGUCGGCAAAGCCAGGGAAAGGAUGCUACAGCGCCAACACAGAAAAAACGUUCGAGAAAGGUGUCGCGUAUGGAUGAAGAUUACGACACGUUUAUUGACAAUCUUAUGAUACAACUGAGGCAGCUACCACCGAUGUCGGUGCUAGAACCUCUGUUGGGCAGAAAUUACGGGGUUUGCCCGAUUUUUGGUUCAGGCGAACUUGCUAAAAUCGGUAUGCAAAAGGAUUACAAUACGAGAACCGGCGACUUAACCGGCGUUUACGGCGCCGCUACGCUUCUUGGAAUUUCCGAUCAUUACAAUACACAACCGUUUGGCGAACUUGAGCCUUCCACUCCUCAACAACCCGCUUCCACCCAGAGAGGCUUUUACGAUCAAGAAUUUCCGCCUCUCAAACUCGACGACUUCGAUAAAAAGGAGAAUUCGUUAUCGAUGAGUCGAGACGCGGACACCCCGGACACAAUCGUCAGUUCAUCAUCGCCGGAAUGUGUUAUACCCGAAUGCGUUCAUAAAUUCCCUGGUUUGCGAUUGAUCGAUGAGGAAUCGGAUGAGGAGACAGACUGGUUGAAAAGAGUGUCGCCGGUUAUUCCAAUUGUUUCUCCGAUACCGAUCAGACUUAAGCCAGGAUACCUGAAGGAUACAGCGAAACAGGACAAAGAAAACUUAUGCUCGUCGAGAUUGGGAAAAUCACCACCGUUACCAUUGCGAGACACUGGAAACGUCACCGUCACGCUUACCUUGAAUAGUCAAGCAGCAGACGACAUAAUGGGAGUACUUAAAGACUUGGCAAAUAUUCUGAACAUUGCGCCACCCCCUGGAUAUCAGAUUGUCGAACGCACGACCACCCCACCUAGUCAGAAAUUAGGUCUCUACAGAACCAAAGGGAAAGAUGGAAAGGAAGGCGCGCCAAUCGACAUUCAAAGUAUUUUGAACGGUGCAGCAAAAUUCUGUCGUCAUUGCGACGUCGUUAUACUGAGCAGCCUUAUUCGAAAGAAAGUAUCAGAUUUGCCAUUUCUCAGCAAAGAGGAGGCAGAUCCCGGGGACGAAUUGUGCUUCUGUUCGGCAGCUUGUUACAUGCAGUUUGCCCUCAUGCACAGAACACCUACAAACACGCAAGGAAUGGCUGCAACAAUCGUGGAUCACUUGUGUCAAAAGGCCGAAGCAAAACUACUCGACGACACAUUGAAGAAAAAAGUACUAGAGACAAAAAUACCAGAGAAAAAGGAACAAGAUGAAAUUCUUGACCACCCGGAAGAUAUGGACAUGGAGGUUAACAUGGAUGUGAAAAUAAAGACUGAAACGGAAGAUUUGGAAAUGAACGAGAUGGUGGAAGAAGUACAAGUCGACGAAAAGAGGCCGAAGAAACAUCCGGCCUCGGAGGAAAAUGACAGCGAAGGCACUGAACCACCCCCACCAACUAAAGUAUGGCGCGGUCUAAGAUACAAAACUUGGUCUGUCGGUGCAAUACAACCACUCAAUAAAUACAAAAAACCUACUGAUCGAGAGAUUACCGAAAUGCUGUUCCGCAUGGGAGUAACCGUAGUACCUGCCAAAACGGAAGACAGUCGGCGUUGUAUGUUCUGUCAAAGUCAGGGUGACGGUGCGGCCGAUGGUCCGGCGAGACUUCUCAAUUUCGACGUUGACAAAUGGGUCCACUUGAACUGCGCCCUCUGGUCCGAGGAUGUUUACGAGACCGUCAACGGGGCCCUUAUGAAUUUGGACACAGCUUUACAGCACAGCCUCGCUCUCAACUGCAUAAUCUGCGAAAAGCCUGGAGCUACUGUCAAAUGCUUUAAAAUGCGUUGCACAAACGUCUAUCAUCUUGGCUGUGCUGUAAAGGACGGCUGUGUUUUCUACAAAAACAAGAGUACUUACUGCUCGCAGCACAUUCAAAAAAACGAAAAAGACAACGAGUUGACGACACUCUCGGUUUAUCGACGCGUUUACGUGAAUCGCGACGAGAAUCGUCAAGUUGCGGCAGUAAUGCAUCACUCGGAGCACAAUCAUUUGUUGCGCGUUGGAAGUUUAAUAUUUCUGAGUGUUGGACAGUUGCUUCCACACCAAUUGGUAAAUUUUCACACACCGAAUUACAUAUAUCCGGUUGGUUACAAGAUCGUAAGAUUUUAUUGGAGCAUGCGAAGACCGAACAAGCGAUGUCGUUACGUAUGUUCGAUCCACGACGUUUCGGGGCGUCCGGAAUUUCGGGUCCUAGUGCAAGAACCAUCGCAAGAAGACGUCGAGCUGCGUGAUGCAACGCCGCGCGCUGUUUGGAGUCGAAUAUUAGAACCUCUCGCUGAAUUGCGACGAACAACUCACACGGUUCAGCUCUUUCCCCGUUAUGUUUCCGGCGAAGAUCUCUUUGGUCUGACGGAACCAGCGGUAGUUCGAGUCCUCGAGUCCCUUCCCGGUAUCGAGACGCUAACCGAUUAUCGCUUCAAAUACGGACGCAAUCCGCUGCUCGAGCUUCCGCUGGCAAUAAACCCGACGGGAAGCGCGAGGACAGAGGCACGUUUGCGAAAUCAAUUGCCCUGGAAAAGACCGCACACUCAAAGAACAGCGUCCUCAGCACGUGCAACUUUUGUACCAACUGCGACGGUUGCCGGUGAAGUUGCUUGUCCCUACUCCAAACAGUUUGUUCACUCCAAAAGUUCACAGUACAAAAAAAUGAAGCAAGAAUGGCGAAAUAAUGUAUAUCUCGCGAGAUCCAAAAUUCAAGGUUUGGGUCUCUAUGCAGCUCGUGACCUCGAAAAACACACUAUGGUCAUCGAAUAUAUCGGCGAAAUUAUAAGAAACGAGCUCGCCGAAACGAGAGAAAAGCAAUACGAAGCUAGGAACCGUGGUAUAUACAUGUUCCGUUUAGACGAAGAAAGGGUAGUAGAUGCAACUUUGAGCGGUGGGCUCGCCCGUUACAUCAACCACUCCUGCAACCCAAAUUGCGUCGCUGAGACCGUCGAGGUCGAACGAGAUCUUAGAAUUAUUAUCUUUGCGAAGCGAAGAAUCUCACGUGGUGAAGAGCUGGCAUACGACUACAAAUUUGAUAUUGAAGAUGACCAGCACAAGAUAGCAUGCGCAUGUGCCGCGCCUAACUGCCGCAAGUGGAUGAACUAAAGAGCUCGAUUCACUCUUGUUAUUGUUGCUACGUUAUUGGGUAGGUUUUACAUUGAAAAGAAAAAACAUAUUAUAUAUAUAAAUAUAUAUAUUAUAUAUAUAAUAGACAUAUUAUUUAAUUUGUAAAGUGCCAUUGCAGUUUGACUAAUCGAUUAAUAGUGAAGUUGGUGCUACGCCAUCACAACAUUCCUCCAAAGUUGUACAAUAUUAGUUUUACUUUUAUAAACCAGAAAGGAUGGUUAAAAGAAAGAAAGAGAGAGAGAGAGAGAGAGAGAGAGAGAGAGAGAGAAAGAAAAAGAGGGGAAGAGAGAAAGAGAUAAAAAGCAAGCAGAAAGAAGCAAAAAAUAAUUAACUUUCAUCACGUUGUAUAAAAUUAUGACAGUCGCGAUAAGAAGCGACGAAAAGACGCGAGGAAAAGUAAAAAAAAAAGGACAAACAAAUUAGUGGAUCUUGUGUGCGUAUACACAGGAAGUUUGUAUCUUUGUAUGUUCAGUGGUGGGCCAAUCGAAAGGGGAUCGACCACGUUGUAUUAUAGAACAUUUAUUAUUAUUAUUAUUAUUAUUAUUAUUAUUAUUAUUAUUAUUAUUAUUUUAUUAUUAUAUCAUCAUCAUAUUGCAUAUACAUUGCACUGUGUCUGUACAUAGGUAGAAAAUAUUAUUUUGAAACCACCACAAGGAAAAAAGAUUGUGUAAAAAUAACAGUACCUAAUGUAGAAUUGUAUACAAUUAUAACUAUUUGAUUACACAAUAUAAUAAAUCGAUAUGAAAUCUUA